CAUCUUUUCAAUAUUAGAACCAUUUUCUCUUGCAGCUUCACGAAUGAUUUUUGCUACAGGAGAGGUUAAACUAAUCGGUAAAACAAAGAUUGUGUCAGUAAAAUGUCACUUCAAUCCAGAAAGUAGCCUGGCUGCUCGCGUAGUUGAUUAUACUUCAUAUUUCAUUGUAUGGUGGAGUGCCAAACAUAUGCCUAGUGAUAAACCUACAUGGCCUAAACCAUCUGAUGGUUUCAAAAUGAUUGGAGGUGCAGGGCAUUUGGAUUAUGCUAAAAUGGGUUUAACUAACAUAAGAUGGCAACCAAGGAGAGAUCUUAUAAAAGAAGUUAAGCCUCAUAUAUUGUGUGCUGCAGAAAAUCAGGGCGGAGACCAUCGGUUAGAAAAAACACGUAAAUGGAAAACUGAUUAUCUGCAGAUGUACUUCAUAAUGGAUGAGUGUGACUCUCCCGGCCAAUUUCGAUGUGAUGCUUUAGUAAAGGUUCCGAGAACAAACGGUUUUGCAGGACAUGCCAUCUAUGCUUAUUUUAAUGCAGAUAAAGCUAAGGAUGGAGGAGUAAGUUCAAAAUGUGAUACACGUAAGAAAAAUGAAGAUGAAGAGAAGCAGUACCUUCAACUUUUGGACACUCUGCCAGACCUCUACUUGGAAUCUGCAAGAUUGUCCUAUAUUGGAUCAGUUUCUGAAAAAGAUGCAAAACAAAGAUCAACAAAGAGUACCGGUGGCUAUACUAAAAUAACUGAAAAAUAUGAAGAAAUUAAAGGAUUACGAUACACGAAGUUACAGUGCAAAGUAGAUACGAAGGAAAUCAAAGCAAAAAUUAUAAGAGUUGCUGAGUUUUACUUCUUCUAUCAGCCAUUGGAUGACUGGCCCAAUGCACGAAUGAUUUUGGCAGGCCUGGUGAAGAAAAAAGCAUUGUUUGUACAUCCAUACAGAUUUCGAAUGUUUCCACAGUUUCGUAUUCUGCUGGAUAAAAAGAAGCAUCCAGCUUGGGAUGGUAGAACAGGCAGUGAAAAUCUAGCCUAUUUUUCAAUUACCAUACCAAUGGAUCUGUGUGAUACUCUUACCGGGACAUUCCAAUGUCAGGCUAAGGUAUUGGCUAUUGGUUUCUUGGAGCACAAAUUUGCAUCAUUGGUAACAGGAUGGUACAAACUAGAUCACUCCCACUUAUCCAAAAAGAGUAAAAACUGUGGGAAAAAAGGCGGACCAAAAGUUAAAGGCGCAGAAAAUGAAGCAAAUGCUGAAGUUGGUAAAGAAGAAAAAGACGCUGGCUCCAUAUCACCUACUUUACAGCCGAUAUUUAAAACAGAGGAGGAGUCGGAAGGGGGAGGAGGGGGAGUGGCCAUCGGAAUUAUCUGCGCCCUGGUUGUGCUUGGGGUCAUUGGUUUUGUAGCUUACAAAAUGUAUAUGAAGUGUAUGGUUGGUAAAGAAGAAAAAGACGCUGGCUCCAUAUCACCUACUUUACAGCCGAUAUUUAAAACAGAGGAGGAGUCGGAAGGGGGAGGAGGGGGAGUGGCCAUCGGAAUUAUCUGCGCCCUGGUUGUGCUUGGGGUCAUUGGUUUUGUAGCUUACAAAAUCAAACAAUAUGCAGAAUUUAACACAGGCUUAAAAAAACCUGCUAUAAGGUAUAUGAAGUGUAUGGUUGGUAAAGAAGAAAAAGACGCUGGCUCCAUAUCACCUACUUUACAGCCGAUAUUUAAAACAGAGGAGGAGUCGGAAGGGGGAGGAGGGGGAGUGGCCAUCGGAAUUAUCUGCGCCCUGGUUGUGCUUGGGGUCAUUGGUUUUGUAGCUUACAAAAUCAAACAAUAUGCAGAAUUUAACACAGGCUUAAAAAAACCUGCUAUAAGGUAUAUGAAGUGUAUGGUCUUUGAAAUUAUCUCAAAACUAAAAGUAAAUUUUGCAGUUGGUAAAGAAGAAAAAGACGCUGGCUCCAUAUCACCUACUUUACAGCCGAUAUUUAAAACAGAGGAGGAGUCGGAAGGGGGAGGAGGGGGAGUGGCCAUCGGAAUUAUCUGCGCCCUGGUUGUGCUUGGGGUCAUUGGUUUUGUAGCUUACAAAAUGUAUAUGAAAAAGAAAACAGGAGAUGGCAAUAAGGAUGAGAGCGAAACAAGACCCAUUAACCCUGGAGUGGCGGGUCGGGGAAGAGGUCGAGGGAGGGGUCGCGGACGUGGAAGAGGACAGCAAAGGCCUGGUGAAUGAAGUCAUGUUUCCAGAUUGGCCUAAGGUUGCAAGGAACUUUUUAAAAACUUGAAGUACCAAAAGGAAGUUCGCCAUUGACUUGUAUAAUUACUUAAAUGAUGGGAAUCACACAAAAUACGAAUACAAGUAAAAUUCCAAUCUCAAAUGGAAGAAGCUUCAA